UUUAGUUUCAAAGCGGUGCAGUUAUCAGCGGAAAUACCAAGUGGAGCGUAGGACCAACUGCAAUCUUCUUUGCCAAAGACAAACUAAAGAGUGAAACAUUAAAGUAACAAGUUGUUGAAAACGUCUCAGCAACAGAUCCACUUCAGUUUUCAAUUCGAAAUAUCGCUGUGUAUUUGGUGAAAAGCAAGCCACAUCAUGAUGCCAAGUCGAUUUGCUUCCUGGAGCGCUUUGGCCUUUCUCAUCAUGUGCCUGCUGGCCAUCUCAAGGACUACGGAUGCUGCGCCCAUGCCCAGGUACCAAAGCAAUAAUGGCGGCUAUGGGGGCUACAACGAGCUGGAGGAAGUGCCCGAUGACCUUUUGAUGGAAUUGAUGACCCGCUUUGGUCGCACCAUAAUACGGGCACGCAAUGAUUUGGAAAAUUCUAAGCGGACUGUGGACUUUGGCUUGGCACGAGGCUAUUCGGGCACCCAGGAAGCGAAGCAUCGUAUGGGUCUGGCAGCAGCUAACUUUCCUGGAGGACCAGGACGAAGGCGGCGUUCCGAAACUGAUAUCUAAAUAAAUCAAUGACCAAAACGACUUAUGCCAGCAGCGAAGUUUGAAAACAGAAUUUCAACAAUGAAAUCCAUUUGUGUUGUUUCCACGACAAUUUAGUUCCAUCAACUCAAUUCUUAUUUUACUUAAGAUCAUUUUGUUUGCUACCCAUUGUAUAUAUAUAUAAGAUACAAAAUUGUAUUUACAGGGUACGUAACAGUACUGAAAACGUAACAAAACUAAAGUAUUUCAAAUAUAAGCACGAAGAGGCGAAAACCUAAAUAAAAUUAUUAUGCUGUUGCUCCAAAGUUUAAACAAAGUUUAUGCACUCUUUACGAAUACGAACUCAAGCACACGUGUUCCUCUCUCUCUCGCUCGCUUAAAACGUUUAAUAAAUACUUAUAUAGUACUUUUAAAAUACAAGUAUUAAGCAAAAUAAAAUGCUUUAACAAUAUUUCACUAGUUGCGCAAAAAAUCUCUUUUAGGUAUGUACUCGUAUAUACAGUACUUGCAUAAGUAUUUGCACGCACACACACAACCUUACACGACAAAACAACAAACAAACAAACAUACAUAAGUGUAGUAAUUUGGCUUUGACGGCUCCACAACACAUUUUAAGUCCUAAGCCCAAAAAGUGUCCCAGAUACUACAAAACUGACUACAAUCCGAGACAAUGUUUUUCACAACCACUGGACAACUUGUAUAGAGUUAAGCUCCUCGGUUCCCCGAUUAUUAAGUAGAUUUGAAAGUUUUGUAAAUAUAUCAAGUAUGCAAACAUUAUACUACCUACCUACAUAUGUAUAUUGAAUAAGGGAAAUAUCCGAGUAAACAAAGUAAUGUAUUAUUGUGUCUAAAAAGUCUUAAAGAAACGGAUGCGAUUAAAUAAAUUUAC